AUUCUCUCAAGUGGCUCUUUUUCCAAAGAGCUCCGGGUUGUUGAUGUUCUCACAGUUGUGGAGUUUAUUUCUUUUUUGUGCAACUCUAAAAUGUAAAAUAAGUUUAACAGCUGUUUGAUUGAAAUCAUUAACUUCAGGGAAUUUAGUUUUAGUCCCUCUAAAACUUUAGCCUAUGUCAGUUUUCCUCACUUCCCAGUGCUAUUACAGUGUAUGUGUGUCCUUCUGGUUCACAUUCACUGGUUUUCUCUGCAAAGAUAAAUUUUUAAACACUAAAGUAGGAUUUCACCUUACCAUAAAUCCAAAUCCGGCAUUCCCAGAAGACCUGGAUUGGAAUUUGAAAUUUAAACUUUUCCAGUGCAGAUCUAAAGUGUCUUUGAGUCUUCCUGAUGGAGUUUCCAGUGCACAUAAUGCUCCACCUAGUGUCAGAACCCAGGUCCUGCAUCCACAGGAAACACCAUCCAAUUAAAACACGUGUAUUUUAUUUUUCUUCAUGGGUUUUGCUUUUUUCUCAGUGUCAUGCUUUUAUCCAUAUCCUUUGUCUUUUUAAAAAUGUGCCUCAGCCCUCGCAGUGGAGGAGCGAGCCCGACAGCUGCAGAUGAAAGUACAUUCCUACCGGCCUUCAGCCUCCCACGACCCUGAGAUGAACCUCAAGACCAAACGGGAGAUGUAUGCAGAACAGAGGCGCAGCAGCGACAACAUGUCGGCCAGAUCUUCAGACAGCGAUAUGAGCGACGUGUCGGCGAUCUCCCGUGCCAGCAGUGCCUCCCGCCUCAGUAGCACCAGCUACAUGUCUAUCCAAUCAGAACGGCCCGGGGGACGACUCAGAUCCAAGUCGUUAGAGGAGGACAAGAAGGACAGGAGGAUCUCGUGGGGGGUGGAUGGAGAGGAGGAGGAGAACGAAGGUGGAAAGAGGCAGUUCUCCGAGGAGCUGAAGCACAGGAGACACACUGUGGCAGGAGACACGAGAGAGUCCAGUCGGCAGAUGCGAGCGUCCAUGGGCCGCAGCAUGCUGAAGAGUUCCAGCGUGAGCGGAGAGAUCUACACCCAGGAGCGCACAGACGGCAGCCAAUCAGACACGGCGCUGGGCACGGUGGGCAGCGGCAGCAAGAAGAGACGCUCCAGCCUCAGCGCGCGGGUGGUGGCCAUCGUUGGCAACCGCCGCAGUCGCAGCACGUCGCAGAUCAGCGGCCCCGAGGGGAAGAGUAAGAAGGAGAAAGGAGCGUCCAUCCAGAGGAGCACGGAGACCGGCAUGGCCGUGGAGCUGACGAGGAACAUGAGCCGGCAGCCCAGCAGAGAGUCCAACAACGGCAGCAUGAACAGCUGCAACUCCGAGGGGAACUUGAUCUUUUCUGGAGUGAAUCUAGGUGCCAGCAGUCAAUUCAGUGACUUCCUGGAUGGACUCGGACCAGCUCAGUUAGUGGGAAGACAAACACUGGCUACUCCUGCCAUCGGUGAUAUCCAGAUCGGUAUGAUGGAGAAAAAGGGUCAGCUGGAGGUGGAGGUGAUCAGAGCACGAGGACUCGUACAGAAGCCAGGAUCCAAAUCUCUCCCUGCUCCAUAUGUCAAAGUCUACCUGCUGAAUAAUGGAGCGUACGUAGCCAAAAAGAAAACCAAGAUUGCACGGAAAACACUUGACCCACUCUACCAGCAAGCACUGCUAUUUGAGGAGAGCCCGCAGGGGAAAGUGUUACAGGUGAUUGUAUGGGGAGACUAUGGCCGCAUGGACCAUAAAAGCUUCAUGGGAGUUGCACAAAUCUUAUUGGAGGAGCUGGACUUAUCAAGCACAGUCAUCGGUUGGUACAAGCUGUUCCCACCAUCCUCUCUGGUGGAUCCGACACUUGCCUCCCUGACGCGACGAGCUUCCCAGUCGUCUCUCGACAGCUCGUCCGGACCGCCCGGGGUCCGAUCUUAGUGGACAAACAGCUCUACGCCACCGAGAAAAAACUCAAACUAAAACUCGGAGAGAAAUGAAAUACUAACGGCAGAAAUGUAGAACAACAACAACAAUCAGAAACACGAGAAAGCUUUGUUGAAAUCUGACAAUCACUCCUGCCGCGGUUAAUUUUGUCUGUCGUAGGGAGCGUCGCGUUUCAGUGUUUCAUGUCCAUUCGAGGAAAAGUCUCUGUGUUUUCUCUGUGUGUGCUGAAGAAGCCGUGCAGCAGCUGUCCAGACAGUACCAGAGAAUCCAAACGAAGCAGGGUGGCUUUUAACCGAAUCAACAAUAGCAAAGAAAUGUAUGUAAAGCAUCGGAAUGUAUGGACUCGAGACAAGAGGUAAUCACCCUCCGCUCCUGCAGGCGGCGCUGCGCUCCCUGCAGUGGCCUCCUCCAGAACCCCAACAGACUGCUGGCAUUCCCGUCCCCGCCGUGCGUGGGGGACGGGGUGCUCAGUCUGGAAGCACAGGGCCUUCUUCUGGUGCCUAGACCUCGGAGCCGCAUUACUGGUCCCCCCCCCUCUCUGUGGAAAGAUCCUCUUUUCAAUAUGUUUACCAUGGCUGCUCUGAAGCCGCACCGUUUCAGCGUGUUUGCUUUGUUGUUCAUUUCUUUCCCUUCGUUACUACUGGCACAAGAUGUUUUUAAAAAUGCUCAUGAUAAUGUUGUCAGUCUGGUGUGUGCAUGGAGAGUAAAAAUAAAAUACAAGAGAUUUAAAAAAAAAAAAGCUAUUAAAUGUCUGCAAGUGUUAUGCAGGAAGAGGGCGGGGAACAGGUUAGAUUUUUACAUGUGAGAUUAGCGUUGUUUUUGCUGGCAAGCGUGCAGGCCAGUCGUCUUUGUAUAGUUGUAUAUUAGGCCUCCCAGGAGGUUGACCAAUAAGUAAAAUUUAUGUCACUUUGAAAUAUCACAAGGGUACAACGUCAAUGUAA